AGGGCCGCGAAGUCCCCUGUGGAGCUCACGCAGGCCUACCUCGACCGCAUAGACGGGCUGGACUUCAAGUUCAACGCAUUCCUGACAGUUACCAGGCGAGAGGCACUGGAAGCGGCCCGUGAUGCGGAGCAGGCCAUCCUCCGCGGCGAAUACCGUGGCCCGAUGCACGGCAUCCCGGUGGCGGUGAAGGACCAGUUCUGGACAAAGGGAGCCAGGACCACGGGCGGCACCCGCAUUCUGGCGGAUUUCGUGCCGGAUGAGGACGCCACCAUCAUCGCAAACCUUCGGCGGGCCGGAGCGGUUCUGCUGGGCAAGACCAACAUGACUGAAUUCGCCAUGGGGGCAGGAUUCGAACGGUUCAGCCCGCCCCGCAAUCCCUGGGACCUCGACCGCCGCACCGGGGGUUCCAGCGGCGGUUCCGGAGCUGCCACCGCCGCCUACCUAUGCGCAACGUCCUUAGGGGAGGACACUGGCGGCUCGAUCAGGUUCCCGGCAACAUGGUGCGGCCUGGUCGGCCACAGGCCCACCUGGGGCCUCGUCAGCCGCUACGGGGUUAUGACGGGCGUGUGGUCGAUGGACCCGCGGGUCCGAUCUCCAGGACGGUGGAGGACGCCGCUAUCACUCUUUCGGCCAUCGCGGGGCACGACGAGCGGGACCCCUACACAUCGAACCAGCCCGUGCCGGACUACCGGGCGGGCCUGA